AUGGCUGAAGAAUCCGUAGAUGGAGAUGUCCAAGUGUAUCAGAUUGUCGUCGUCUUGAAUGUAUUGGCAAUAUGUCUCCUCUUGUUUGAAACUGGUUUACAUCACUUGGAGCAUUAUCUUGCAGCCCACAAUGAAAAGUAUCAGCUCAUGCUCAAGAAAGUCUAUCGUGAAUUAAUGAUUCUCGGACUACUGAGUUUCAUUGUUAAGAUGCUGACGGAAGUAGGUGGUUUAGAUGAUCAUAGUCGUACCAUGUUGGCAUUUGAAGUCGCUGAUCUCAUCAUCUUUAUUUUGGCCCUUGGACUUGUGUACCAAGCAAUCAUUGUCCUGCUAUUACUACGAAGACAUAACAAACGAGUGGAUCUAGCCGAAUUGAUUACAACUCAAGACUUGGUCAAUGUCUUGAAUGCGUCGGACAAUGCAACUUCGACAUCGGACAACAGAAAACUAAAUGCUGAUCUACUCAAGAAAAAAGUCAUCGAGCAUCGAAUACUACGACAUCUCUUUCUCUCUCGAUUCGGACUUCCUCAACUCUUUCCUUUCUCGAAAUACCUACGCCGUGCUCAGGCCAACAACAUUGUCCAUUCAAUUGAAGUUGAACCGUCCAUUUGGAUACUCAUACUUGGAAUGUCAUGGGCUCUCAGUGCUGUCGUUCAAAUUUUCGAGAAUUUCAAAAUCAAUGUGCACUACGAGCUCGUUGAGACGUUCAUGGUGUUUGCUUGGGUAUCCGUAUUGCUCAAUAUCCUCGUGCUGCUCUACUUCCGCUUUUGUAAGCACCGACUGCUGAAAAUUGGAGGCUACAGCACCAAGAAACCCAUUCUGAUUGGAACCCUCAAUCAGAUCGCUGAAGAUGAGGCAGGUGCUUGGCAACAUGAAGCUGCUGACAGCGCGUUAGAUGCUAUGAACCGAAUUCAUGCGCAACAUGAAGAAAUGGAACUCGAACAGGAGGCAGAGAAAGGAGGUAAACUGAAAGGUGAUGCAGGACUUGAAUUACUUACGACCUGCUUUCGUAAAGCCAUGCGUAUCUUGAGCUCCAAGAAGCGUUCGGCACCACGACCAAGUGAUGGUGUCUUGCCUGAUUCACCGAAGAUUCAUCUACCUUUGUUUUGGUGCAAUGCGUGGCAUGUUGUCGUCACGUUCAUGACGGUCCUGAAUGCAUUCUUUGUUGCAUUGCUUGCGCAGGGUGCAAUCUACAGCUUUGACGAUAUAUAUGACAAACUUGGGCUUUUGCCGAUCAUUUUGAUCCCGCUUCCGUUGGUCGUGAAUGGCAUGUUUCUCCAGAAAGGUAUCUUUCGCGACUUUGUCCUGAUCUCCAGUAUUGUACGCAUUGACGUUACGGUACUGGGCGAAGUAGUGAGUCACUUUAGUGAGAUUGUCGAACUACGGUCAGAGUUUGCAAUUGGGUUGAUCCAGUGUCUUAAGGAAAGUGGAUGUUCAGUUGCCGAUCUGGACCAAGUACUACAGUCGCACGACUUGCAUCGUACGGGCUUCAUUGACAUUCACAAGCUUCGGACAGUCUUGACGUCGUUUGGUUUCCUCACUCACUUGACUCGAUUCAAGUUCAACAGUGUCGUUAGUCUAUUGCUUGAACUCCAAGGCACGAGUGUCGAAUACACACAACUGAUUCAACUCGUCACGCUGGUUCAACAAGAGCAUUGCAUGGACAAUGGAGUUCCCAAAUUAUUGACUGCCAUUGACGAUCAUAACGGAAUGCGACUCAGUCGCUUCACUUCAUUUACUGGUCCUACGCGGCAUGUGCCACUACUGUAUCACUCCCAUUUUGGACCAGAACCAGAACCUGAUGCAAGUGAUGAGAACUCGACAAAUGAUCCAUCUUCUUUACGACGACUUCCAACGACUGGAUCAAUUCCAACUGAAAAGCUCAUGAGACGCACAUCAUUAGAACGAGGCCGUCUUUUUUCUAGUGCACGGGCACUUCAAGGUGUCUACAAUUUACGACAAAAUGCGACGGUUCUAGCCACAGACUCGAGUGCAAAUUAA